AUCUGGGAGUCGUUAUGCUUUUCACUGACGGGCGGAGCCGACAUCUCGUCGCAUCUCUGCGGGAACCGAGGAAGACAUUUCCCCUUUAUCACCACCGUUACUUACCCCGCCACUGACCGUUUGUCAUCCGCCCGAGACACCGAGGCUCUCCCUGAAGAUGACGACGACAACCACCUACAAAGGAAUGGAGGCUGGUGCCAAGAGCAGUUCAAGGGUACUACGACCGCCAGGUGGAGAAACAAGCUUCGUCUUCGGCACAGAUGAAAACACGACCCCCCAGCGCAAGAACAAGAUGGCCUCUAGCAUCUUUGGAGAACCUGAGGAUCCCCAUGCUCAUCGGAGGAACAACCCACCAACUGGGGCAGCAGCAGGGACCCUGUGCGGGGAGCCCUCUGCCCCAUUGAGGCGGUGCCAGCAGCCUCUCCUGUUCCCCAAGAACCCUCAACCGGAACUGACCACCAUCCACAACUCUGGUGCAGCCUUGGUGUGGAACCAGAACCGAGAGGGUGAGAAUGGCCAAGAACAAGUAAAUGAUGAUUGUCCUAACGACGUGGAGCCAGACGAGCAGCAGCCGGAGCAGCAGCAGGUCGCGCCACAGCCCUCUGCCCCGUCGGGAGGGGGCAACGCCAUCGCCGGUGGCCGAAGAAACCCACCCGGGGGCAAGUCCAGCCUCAUCCUGGGUUGAGACCACUCAUUUGUUUGUUUUGUUUUGUUUCAUUCAAACACUUUUUUUAAAGAUGAAAACCCCCUCCCACUUUCUUCCUCGUCAUCGACACCUUCUUUCCCUCUUCACUUGCACUCAUGCUGUCACAUCCCCAGACCCCCCCCUCCCCCACCCCACACUGUCCUCACCUUCCACCCUCAAACCUUUUGUUUUGAUCCUUUUUUCAAUAAAAGAAGAAAAAUGUUGACAAAAGCACUUUAUGUAUUCCCCCUCUCCUUCCAUUUCAGCCCAUCCUGUAGUGCAUCGCGCCUGCUGGGAAAGGCAUGACUUUUAGCCUGUCUCUCAUUCUUCCCUGUUGUAAAUGGUAAAGGCAAAAAAAUGAUAAAAAAGAUUUGAUGCGUGGAUUUCUAAAUACAAUAAAGAUUGAUAUGAAUUUA